CCAUGAGGCGAGGAGUUCAUAGCUGCUCCUUCAAAAGUAACCGGUGCGGGAAUUGAAUUGUCGUCCCAGACCAUGGGCAAGGUGGCUUCGGCGGACCUUAGACCCCCCUUUUAUCCAAUCAAAAAAACAUGACCCUCUAUUUUACCCCCCAUCUUUCAAUGCCCACCACAGGAGCUGACAUCAUCAACUUCGAAUCUUGCUGCUUGCGGAAGGGUUCUCUUUUUUGACAUCCGUGCCUCAUUGCUCUAAAUCUAAAGAAACACCCAGCAACACAUUCGUGACCUAGUGAGCUCUGGGUCGUCACGUUUUGUGCGGCAACCAUUCCGCCACCCUCCGCCCUUCUUCGACAGUUGUCUUCAAAUAGUUCUCUGCACAGCCACCACAGGCCUCCACUGCCAAAUUUCCAGCUUGGAGGCUCCCCUGUCGACCGUCGAGCCACCAUGGCAGCCGAUGGAGGCACUGAUGAGACAACCACCACUGACGAGUAUGAGACAACUCUCUCUAAUUUCCAAGUCAUCCUAGUUUAUUGCACACUAUGCUUUUCCGCUGGUCUCUCUUUGAUUGGGUCCACAGGGAUUAUCACUGUAGCUCGGCGAAAGUUGACUUCCCACAAUCCAGUCUACCAACGAUUGAUGAUCUCACUGAGCACAUCUGAUGUAAUGCUAUCCUUAGUUCUCAUAGCUGGACGUUGGAUGGUGCCCUCUUCCACAGGUGAUCCCCUAGCAAAAGGCAACACAACCACUUGUACCAUUUUGGGAAUAUUUGUUUUGAUCACAGGCCUCUCCACUUGCAUCAUGUGCAACUACCUGAGUGUCUAUUUCUUGCUGACUACUAAAUAUGGUUGGAGGGAAUGGGAAAUAAGCCAGAAACUGGAAAAGCCAGCAUAUGCUCUGGGCUUUGUUAUUGUGGCAACCUACGUAUCUUGCGCUGCAGGACUCGAGACAAUUCAUCCACCUCCCAAUGUGGGUCUCUGUUCAGGUUUUGGAGAAGGGCCCAAAUAUGAUGCCUUUAUCUGGAUAUACACUUCCAUUUUGACAAUCUUUGCUGGAGGGGGAUGUGCGGCAACUUACAUGGUCUAUCGCCACGUGUAUGUUGUCACUCAAGCCAGUCGAACACAUGAUGCAUCCUUUGCCAUUCCAUCCUCCAGCCAACAUCAGCAAGAAGAUCAGAGACAAGCUCGGGUCCGCAGGGUGGCCCGACAAGCCAUUGCCUACUAUAUUGCCUUACUCAACACACUCUUCUGGCCAACACUCUACAAUAUCCUUGUGCAAUAUUCCAGUGUUGCGGAAAGAGCUCAUGAGCCAUUAUUCUAUUUAAUGGCAUAUGUAGGUUUUUUUUUGUAUCCACUCCAAGGAGCAUGCAACUUUGUCAUCUACAUUCAAUAUCGAGUCAAGAGCUGGAAACGAAGUCAUCCACAAGUGUCCUGGAUAACAGCAACCUGGUGGGCUGUGGUCAAGCCAAUGGAUCCACCCAACAACAUCAACAGCAAUAUACAAACAUCCACGGCAUCCUCCAUGUUGAACUCGGCAUCGGCAGCCAUGUGGUCCAUCCCUGGAGCUAGACGUGUGAGCCAGCUACUAGCGCUGCCAUUCUCAUCCCAUCAGCAGCAGGACGGCAACUAUGUUGAAGAUGAUUAUGUGGGUUCAUCGUCGGAUGAGGAAGAGUUCGCUGAGGAUGACGGCAAUCCAGAUUUACCCUGGUGGCAAAGAAACGUUCCUACUUCUAGUCAACUAAACGGAACUCUGUCCAGUGUUGAUAGGAACGAGAACAAUGCAACAGAAUCAGCAGCACUUGAAACAGUAGAGAAGCAAUCUUGUUCUCAUGGGCAAGCCACAUCACCUGAACAGGAUAUAGAACCCACAACAGACAACAGCCCAAUAUCAGAGGAACUGGCCAUGCUAAAGGAAUGCAAAUUGCAAGCCUGGCAGCCAGUAGAGAAGGUUGAAGCUCCAAAAGAAUCCAUAACACACAAAAACUCAACUCUCCUAAAGGAAGGAGAACUGACCAUGCCCAAGGAAUACAAGCCACAAUUCUCACUGACAAGAAAGGAUGCUGAAGCGCCACAAGAAACCAUAGCAGACAUCAAUCUAACUGUAGAGGAAUCAACACUAGCCAUGCCAAAGGAACCCAGAUCGAAUACUUCACAGCCAGAACAGGAUAUUGAAGCUCCUCAAGAGCUCAAUGUACAGUCAACGUUUGCGGAAAUCUCUUCGCAAUUGAAAAGCCAAGAUUCCUUGGUUGAUGGCAGCGUAGCAGCCAAGGAGUCUGAUCACAUCAUGAACACUUCUGAGGCCCAAAAUGACAUUAUCAUGCAGAAAUUGGAACCAGUGCAACCAACAGGAACCCAGCACUGCGAGGAAGCAGAUAUUGUAGCUCUCUCCCAUUGGCUUUCUAAAUGGGAUCAUUCUGCAUCAGGAUCAUCAUCCUUCAAUGAAAAGUACACUGAUGACACUGAACACGCUACAUGAUUGUAGGCAGACAAUCCAUUACUCACAGAUGAAUUGCUCAACCAACUUUACCACGGGUGGCUCUCCAAGGAGCAGGAUCAUCGAUCUCGGCUUCUGCGUCGUGUGAGACAAAACGGGACCUUAUUCGCUGAACGGAUGCCCGGCUUGGUGUUAUACUGGUGUGUGGAUUGGAAGCCGAGCUCUACAGGCGCACCUGGUAGAGAGGUUUGGCUCUGGCCGGCGGAGGAAAGAUGGCUUAGAGAAACCGAUGCUCGAAGUCGCUUAGAGAAACCGAUGCUCGAAUUGUAUGAUUUGAUACAACGACUGCUAUCGGUACGAAUCAUGACAAAAGUGCGACGGUGCUCGUUGCAGCUAUCGAUGGUGGCGCCACCGUGUGCCAUUUUUUAGCCAGAGACUGCCGUGGCUUGAGUUGAUUUGACUCCCAACCAUUGGUGCGCAAGAGCGUGUUGAGGCUUCGCUUGUUGCUGUUGACGCUAGCUACUAGUAGUACGCUCCUAUUACCGUUGUUUCUGUUGCGCUAGCGGCUGCUGAUUUUGAUGUCAUUUGUCGGAUUUGCGGUGGCUGUCCUAUAGUGCUCGGUGGAUGGUAGGUCCUGUUUGUCUUGGAUCGCUCACAAAUUCACUCUGGAUCCGCUGUUCACCUAUGGACACAACACGUUGCUCGUAGAGCUCCAACACUUGUUGGUCCUGUUGCGCUACUGUUCAAAGCAGUUCCGGUGUGAUUGCUCUGUUGUAGCUGCACUCGCAAUCGCAAUCCACAUGGUACCGGUAUUCAGCAGCCAGGCUCGCCGCAUUACCCCUCCUCUACAGUAUUGCCCUGACAGCGAGGCUUGCAACUCUAGCCUGUUUCCUACUGCGGUUUGAGCCCUAUUCUGCUCCAUCUCUCGUAGUUUACGCUUCGCAUUCUUGAGCAGGGCAACAGCAGGGUUUGAUUCGUACCGUAUCGGGCAAUCGGCAGACAGGUCACC